ACAAGACGACAAUGACCAGAUUGUUUUAUAAUCCGCCUAUCCGCGUCGAAGGUUAAAGAACAUUCUGGUCUUUGGCUCAAGAGUCUCCUUCAAUCCAUAGACGGAAACGGCAUUGUUCUUCUGAUUCUUCACCUUCACGAUCAUCAUCAUCAUCAUCAUCAUUCUCUCUGUGUGUUGUUUGUGGAUUGAGAACGUAGGUUUGUUAGUGUGUAGUAAAAAUGUCCGAUAACGAAGAUCACGUGGAGUAUACAAACGGCGAAUCUUCUGAAAAGGUGAAGCAGAGAUUCAGGGAUAGAUCUAAGGAGGUGUUGUCGCAACAAGCUGUUCAGACGAAGGAGAUGAUUUCGAAGCAGGCGGAUAAGAUCGCUAAGCGAGCUGAGGAACAUGAAAGGUUCAUUAACAAGGUGACGCAUUUUUUGGGGGUUCUAGGCUUUGGCGGCUUUUGCUUCCUCUUGGGGGCAAGACCUCAAGACAUUCCGUAUGUAUAUUGUUUCUUCUACGUCACCUUUGUUCCUCUCCGGUGGAUAUACUAUAAGUAUAAGAAAUGGCAUUACUAUCUUCUGGAUUUUUGCUAUUACGCCAAUACAAUAUUCUUGGUUGACCUGCUGUUUUCUCCAAAGAAUGAAAAGCUUUUCAUGGUUUGCUUUGCCUUUGCGGAGGGGCCAUUGGCAUGGGCUUUGAUUGUGUGGCGGUGCAGCCUGGUUUUCAGUUCUUUUGACAAAAUUGUUAGUGUUCUUAUCCAUCUUCUGCCUGGAUUGGUUUUCUUUACCAUUAGGUGGUGGAACCCCGCAACCUUUGAAGCCAUGCAUCCAGAGGGAAGUGCUCGAAGGCCUACAUGGCCUUAUGUGGAAGAUAAGGCCUACCUCUGGACAUGGCUGUUUUUUGUUCCUUUAGCUGCCUACACUUUGUGGCAGGUCCUUUACUUUCUCAUUGUGAAUGUUUUACGCCGACAAAGGCUUUUAAGAGAUCCUGAGGUCAUGACCUCAGGAGCUCUCCAAAAAGGCUCAGAAAGCAAACAACGUAUGGUGGCGCUUAAGUGGGAUGCUUGGAGAUCAAAAUCGCUUGUUGAUGUACAUUGUUUUGCAAGCCAUGUUCACUGUGGCAACCAUGGCACUCGCCGUGCCCAUAUUCUUGUCGUAUAGGUUGCAUGUAGUUUUCCAGUUACUCAAGGUUUCUGCAACUGUAUGGAAUGGAGGGAGUUUUCUGUUAGACGUAAUGCCUAGGCAGGCGAUUAUGAAGGAGAAAAAGAAAUCAGAGAUGCAAACUGAUCAAAACCAUGAGGAAUAAUCUCAUUCGUGGUUUCAGUGAAGUUCUAGAAGUUCAACAGAGCAGUCAGGAAUCGCAACUAGAGAUGUGGAAGUAGUUGUACAAUGUAGAUCAAGGUUUUUUUUUUUUGUUUGGUUUGUUGGGGGUGAUACUUCCAGUCCAAUAGUUCAGGAAAUGCUACUGAUGUGAAUGUACGCGUAUGUUACAAAUGCAUAUUUUGUAGGACGGUGUCGAUAUGUGCGCUUUGUAGUGUUCUCCCUUUCCUAUGAAAGCUGCUGAAAUGAUAUUUUUACAAAAUGUGUAUCAGAGAAUCCUAUUUUAUUUUAUACGCAAAACAAUAUUAACAUGCUAAUUCGUGUUGUUAAAUGAGAAUUGUUUCCUUCUCGCAUAA